AUGCGUACAUGCAGUAAAAUGGCUCAAGCCUGUGUUUCAGAGGAGCAGUUCAUCUGCCCACUGUGUUUGGAUCUACUAAAUGAUCCAGUGACCAUUCCCUGUGGACACAGUUACUGUAAGAGCUGCAUUACAGACUGCUGGGAUCAUGAGGAUCAGAAGAGAGUCUACAGCUGCCCUCAGUGCAGACAGACCUUCAGUCCAAGACCUGCUUUAGGCAAAAACACCAUGCUGGCUGAAGUGGUGGAGAAACUGAAGAAGACCAAACUAAAAGCUGCUGUUCCUGCUGGACCUGGAGACGUGGAGUGUGACAUCUGUACUGGAAGAAAACACAAAGCUGUCAAGUCCUGUCUGGUGUGUCUGGAGUCUUACUGUCAAACUCACUUUGAGCGUCAUGAGGAGUUUCACCCAGGAAAGCGACACAAAGUGAUUGAUGCAACUAGACAACUGCAGCAGAUGAUCUGCCGUCAACAUGAGAAGCUUCUGGAGGUUUUCUGUCGUACUGACCAGCAAUACAUUUGCAUGUUGUGCGCAAAGGAUGAACAUAAAAAACAUGCGACUGUAUCAACUGCAGCAGAGAGGACAGAGAAAGAGAGGCAUUUAAAGGAGACACUGAGAAAACUCCAGCAGAGAAUCCAGCAGAGACAGAAAGAUCUUGAGCAGCUGAGAGAGGCUGUGGAGUCUCAUAAGCGCUCUGCACAGACAGCAGUGGAGGACAGUGAGAGGAUCUUUACUGAGCUCAUCCGCUCCAUUGAGAGAAGCCGCUCUGAGGUGACACAGCGGAUCAGAGAUCAGGAAAAGACUGCAGUGAGUCGAGCUGAAGGACAAAUGGAGCGACUGGAGCAGGAGAUUGAAGAUCUGAUGAACAGAAACUCUGAGCUGGAGCAGCUUUCACACACAGACGAUCACAUACAUUUCCUGCAGGUAGCCCAACUGUAGUGCAGGUUAUUGGGGACAGUGUGAGAUAAUGAGGUCUUUGAGUCAUUUGUAUUGUUAUUCCUGCAGAGUCUUCAGUCUCUCUCAGCUCUUUCUGAAUC